GCGAUAGCCAACAGCCAAUCAGCAGCCAGGCUGGGACCCUGGCGCACUGUUUACACCCUUACUCCACAUACAUGGUACAUCAAGUCACCUCCUCACACACACAACACCAGUUGCCUUCAGAACUCAAUCUGCUAGUAGUGAGAGCGGUGUCAAGCCGGAGUCUGUCUUUACUCACACUAAAUUGAGAGGUUUCUUCGCUCUACUGUCAACUUGUUUGGCUUGGUUAGUUGUUGGAGAGGGAAACUGUACUGAGAGGUUGACAACAUGGGGCAGGUUGUGACUAAGGUUUUGAAGCCGUUUCUUCCUACGGGAUGUUUUCUGGGAAUGGAGGAGGAUUAUGAAGACUGCGUCCCUAAGACAUUUUCCGUGUCUCAGCUGAAGGAUGUGCUGUUUGCGUACAGCCAUGGACAGUACGUGGUCCCAUCCAAGUCUUACAACGAGGUCUACAAGAACAUCUUUGUCGGAGACGAGAGCAGUGCCCGUAACGUCCACCGGCUGAGAGGUCUGGGAGUCACCCACGUGCUGAACGCAGCGGAGGGCAAGUCCCCCUUCAUGCACGUGCAGACAGGGCCGGAGUUUUACGAGGACGUUGGGAUAGACUACCACGGCGUGCGUGCCAGCGACUUCGAGCAGUACAACCUCAUGCAGCACUUUGAGGAAGCUGCCAAGUACAUCCACAAGGCAGUGGACGAGGAAGGAGGAAAGAUCCUGGUCCACUGCCGCGAGGGUUACUCCCGCUCCCCAUCUCUGGUCAUGGCGUACCUCAUGAUCUACAAGGAACACAACGUGGAGGACGCCCUCAUCACCAUCCGACAGAAGCGCGAGAUCGGUCCCAACACAGGCUUCCUCAAACAACUCUGCCUCUUCAACGACAAACUGGAGGCAGAGAAACAGAGGAGGAUGGCCGAGGAGUAUCAGCAAGAGAUGGAGGGAGGGGAAGAGAAUCGUGAGGAGGAAAGCAAAACAGAGACGCAGGAAGAAACAGAAGAGCCCAAGGCAGAGCAAAAUGCAGAAACCAAAGAGGAGAAAGAAGAAGCAGAGGCAGAAGAGAGUAGAGAAAAAGCACAGGAAAAAGAUGAGCAUGUGUUAGCAUCCUAGUUGAUGAUCCAUACUGAGUGACAGUACUGAAAUAUAUACUACCACAAGCCCAAUAUCGUAUGUACAAUAUACAGCACUGUAUACACAUAGGUCACGUAUAUGUACAUACAUACACUAAGGGUGGUCAAAUGGGGAGAGUGGGUCCCAAUCCCAGAGUACAGGCCCGGGGCUUCUGACUUAAACCACCUACAUCUUCUGUGUUGAGAAUCUCACUUCUCUGUAAAAAGAGUCUGUGUCACUAGAAGAUGCCAGGAGUCCCCAUUGCUCAGAGAGUUUAACUCAUACCCCAAAGUAACUGUAAUCAGAAGAUCUGCCUAGCUUGUUUCUUUCUUCUUACAAGUGAUUAAGGUUGGUGACAGCUUCACCUUUCAAAUGAAGAAUGAUGAUAAUGGUGAUAAUCUCCAAGCAGAUCUUUUGGUGGCCACAAAGACAGUAUCAAAUUGGCCAGGCAUUAUCCAUUUGCCAGACAGUUACUGGCAGCUGAGGACUCUCUCUUGAUAGUCAGUUCUAACCCUUUUGCCGCCACCAGACUUCUGCUUGGAGAUUAGAUGAUAAUGAUGAGGCAAGAAGAGUGUUGUGUUUCAACCAUGCAUCAUAAAUGAUGAUUAGAAUCAUUUUUUAAUUACAUAUCUACAUUAGUGCAGGUAUGAAAGCAAACCUCCGCAGAUCCAAUUUUACCUGCACAUAGUGCUUGAGCACUGUAAUCUGUCCUUACAUCCUAUCCAUAAUGAUAAAAGGCAGGAAGGACUCAGAGGACAAUCAGGAGGAAUGAUGUUAAAUCUGCUACAAUGUGACGGGUGUGAGAUGAUUCUUAAGAUGUCACUAGACAAAUCAAAAUUUACUUGCAGAUUUACGACCCCAGAGCAGGAGGAAUAACUUAAUAAUUGCACUGAAUAUUGAUAUGCGAUCAGACUGUAUUUGUGAGCUGAAUAAUUGAAUGGAAAAUGCUACGCCGUGACCCUCUGUCUUGUACAUGUUUGCUUGUAUCUGUAAAGAAAUGUUGUAAUGCUGCUAUCUUACACUGAAAGACCAAUCACAUACUGUCAAAAGCACAUGCAGAUUUUGUGUGGAAUUUGCCACCAAUUUCUGCAUGCAAGGACCUUUACAAACAAAUCUAAUUUGUAAGGAUUUAGUAUGAAGAGUAAUCUUUCCUGACAUCCAAUUUAGAUGGAUAUGUGAACCAAGUCUCAACAAAUCCUGUUGAAGCCCACAUUCUCAGUCCCAAAUCCUUGUAGACGAGUCCCUAGGAAAGACCCAUUCGCUGGAUGGCACAACUAGCCAGUUUUUGCUCAGCCACUGAAUCACUGUCCAUUAAGGCUUUGCUUUCUAAUCCUUUGAUGAUAUUGCCGACAAGCUAUAGAAGAUACAAACUAUAUAGUGUAUGUUCCAUUACCCUGUAUCCUGCAAUCUUCAGUGAAGUUUUGUAGUGUGAAAGGAAUUCGUAAUAUAGCUAGGCUGUUGAUGUGGCAGUAUGCACUGUUCCAGAAUGCAGAAAAUAAUGAAGUAUUGCAUUAAAAAGCCCAGCUGUUAUACUG